UUUCCGGUACGACAAAAACGUCAAAGCUAAAUUCGUCCAAAAUUUUAUUUGCCAAUUUCAUCAAUCCACCGUAUUAUUUAUAAAAUUACUAUCCUAUAACUGUCGAUUAUUACCAAGUGUAAAUAAAACUUUUAAAAUGCCACGUGGUAAAUAUACUAAUCACAAGGGACGUAACCGUAAAUUUACUAGUCCCGAAGAAUUAGAGGAGCAAAGAAAGCAAGAAGAGUUAAAACAAAAGUGGAGGAAAGAGCAUGGACCUAGCAGUAGUGAAGAAGAGUCGGAAGACAAUAAAUCUGGUUCAGGAAGCAGUGAUGAGAGUGAUUCUGAUGAUGAUCAACCAGCAAAGGCGAAAGGAGUAUCUGGUCUCAUUGAAGUGGAAAAUCCCAACCGAGUGGUGAAAAAAAAUAAAAAGCUGAAUAACUUGGAUAACCUUGGUGAUGGUGAGAAACCUCAGUUGUCAAGACGUGAACGUGAAGAAAUAGAGCGUCAGAGAGCAGCAGCUGCAUACCAGAAAGCUCAUGCGGAGGGCAAGACGGACCAGGCACGUGCAGAUCUCGCACGACUAGCCAUCAUAAGACAGCAGCGUGAGGAAGCCGCCAAACGACGUGAAGCUGAAAAGAAAGCUAAAGACGAAGCUACCAAAAAAAGGUAGACUAAUCCACAAUAGACUAACAGGAAUACUAUUUUCAAUGUCUAAUGCUCAUAAUCUCAAAUUAGAUGGCUUUCAAAUCUUCAAUGUUUAUUAAGUAAAUUUUUAUUCGCCAUUUCAAGACUGCAUGGAUAAAUUUAUAAUUGUGAGAAAUG